AUGUCAGGAGGUCGAAAAAGAGGACUUCCUGACGGACUGAACUCACAGGAUAUGAACAGUAAUCCCAAGGAGACUAAACGUCGUUCAAAGCGUUUGGAUUCGCUUUAUUCCAAUCAGGCAAAAAGUAUGACUCAAGAGCCAGAAAUUAUUGUGUUAUCCAGUGAAGAUGAAAUAGAAGAGAGUGAUAUUUCUCCUGAAGAAGAAUUACAACAACAGCAGAAUGGGGAACCUAAUGAUAAUUAUGGAAGUGAAGAUACUGAUGUUUUUCAUGAUGCACAAUCUUCAGUAGCCAAUACUAUUGACGAGCCUCAAGAUAUUACGAAUAUUGAAUCAUUAUCAGACGAUUCAGAAGACUUAGAAGGUCUUGAAGAGAAAACCUUACCAGAGAACGAUGAAGAUCUGGAAACGGAUCAUGAGAUCAUACCUCAAGUAAAUAAUGGGCAAAUAAAUCAGGGUUCAACUCAACCGGUUUUUGAACAACAACAACCACCACCUCAAAUUGAACAACUUGCAGAACAACAACCACCAACUGGAAACUCGUUUGCACAACAACCAACAUUUGACCGUCCUUAUGUACAACAGCCACAAGAAGAACCAGUUUCAGUAGAUGAUGAUUAUAGUGAUGAUGACCUAAUGAUCAUUUCCCCAGAAGAAGCCAAUAAGUUGUCGGUAUUUAACAAACCCAAAUCAUUACAGGCCAUUACUCCCCAACCUUAUGAUAUUCAUGGAAAUCCUGGUUUCAACCAACCUGCACCAAUACCUCGAUAUGGUCCUGAUGCUUCUGAAGAGGCACGUAAGAGAAGAUCUGUAGAGCGAGAAAUCAGACUAAGAGAUUUGGCCUUUGAAAGAAACAGAAGUAUUGUUGCCAGGGAUAGAAUUCAGGAAAGAUUGCAAGAUAUUAAAAGAAUCAUCGCCAACCUUAAUGCCAUCAGUAAUUCAAGUGGUGAAAUGAGUGCAAGUUUGGGCAAAGAAAGAAACGAAUUUAUCAGAUUAAAUCAUCAACAUGAUUUGUUGGUCCAUGCGAUAAGAAAUAAUGAGAUGGACUCUAUGGCCUUAUUAAGAGAAAAAGAACUCGAAGAGAGAACAGUUAAAGAAGAACAAUAUGGUCAAAAUUCCCAAAGAACUCAUCAAACAGGUAUGCCACCACCUCCUCAACCAUCUGUUUUCAAUACUUUGACAGAUAUGGGAUACCAGAUGUAUAAUCAAUUCAAAGACAACUUCCAACCACUCACCACUGCUUUACCACCAGGGACAACCAUAGGACCGACGACGUAUGACACUUCUCAAGUGCAUUUAAACGAUCUUAUCGAUAAUAUAGUCGAAGAAGAACACAAUACUGAAGGAGAUGAUUUUGCUGCAACACCUUCAGGCUUAUCAACAGUAUUAUUAAAACAUCAAAGGAUAGGUUUGAGUUGGUUAUUGAAAAUGGAAGAAAGUAGCAUCAAAGGGGGAAUUUUAGCUGAUGAUAUGGGGUUAGGUAAAACUAUUCAAGCACUCGCUUUAAUAUUGGCCAAUAAAUCCGAAGAUCAAGAAUGUAAAACAACAUUAGUCAUAGCACCAGUCUCAUUGUUGAGACAAUGGAAACAAGAAAUGCAAGAUAAAGUCGAUUCAUCUUCACAAUUGAGUAUUGGAAUUUAUCAUGGAAAAGAAAAGAAUAUGAUGAAAACACCCAAUCAGUUCAGAAAAUUCGACGUUGUAUUAACAUCUUAUGGAACUUUAAGUAGUGAACAUGGGAAGCAUGGGCUGAAAGUUAGAUCAAGACAAUUUUAUUCUCCAUUUUAUCACGAAAUGAAGUUUUUCAGGAUUAUUCUUGAUGAAGCUCAAGCUAUUAAAAAUAGGAAUACCAGAGCAUCCAAAGCUGUGGCUGAUUUGGAAAGUGUCCACAGAUUAUGUCUUACCGGUACUCCUAUGCAAAAUAGUGUCAAUGAAUUAUAUCCCAUCAUUAGGUUCUUGAAAGCCCGUCCUUAUAAUGAUCUUCAAAAGUUCAAUCUUUCCAUAUCGGGACCAAUCACUUCGCAAAAUGGUAAUAGAACUAAAGGAGUGGAAAGAUUACAAGCGUUGUUGAAAGCCAUUUGCCUCCGUAGAACUAAAGAUAGUUUAAUUGAUGGGAAACCUAUUUUACAAUUACCUGAAAAGCAUGUGCAUAUAGAUAGAUUGGCUAUGCCCACUGACGAAAAGGAUGCUUAUAAAAGUAUUGAAUCAAGGACAGGGAAGAAAGCUAAAAGACUUUUGAGUUCCAAUGGUAGUUGGUCACAUAUUUUGGUGUUGUUAACGAGAUUAAGACAAGCUUGUUUACAUACAUACUUAUGUGAAUUAGGAUCCAUUGAUGCUGCUUGUAGAUUCAAAAAAGAUUAUUGGAAGAUUCUCUUACGUACCGUAGUUGAUCUUGAUGAUGUGAGUGUUCAAAAGAUUAAGUUGGAGAUUAACAAAGGUCAUUUUGAUAGUGAGGAUAUGAAAGAUAUUCAUGAUAUGGAUUUAAUUCAAGAGGACAAGAUAGUGAUAUUGUCCGAUGAAGAAGAUGAAGAAGAGGAAGAUGCUGAGACGAACCAAGAAGAAGUCAAAGAAGAAGAUAAACAGGAAGUAAAGGAAGAAACCAAACCAAUAAUUGAAACUAAGGAGAGAAAUGAACUUUUCAAAACUGAGAUUAAUCAGAUGAUUGGAAAUGAAGAAAGUUUCUCAUUUACUUGUCCGAUUUGUGUUAUGCCAGCCAAUUGGUCAAGUAUACUUAGAUUUCCUUGUGGUCAUAAGAUAUGUGAUGUUUGUAUUCAAGAAUUCUUCCCAAAUCUUGAAGAAGAUGAUAUAGAUGCCAGUGAAAAGUGUAGGGAAUGUCCACAACGAGUGAAAUUAGGAGAUGUGGUAGAUUAUUCGAUUUUCGCUAAAAAGUAUGUUGAAAAUUUGGAUAUCAAUACCAUUAAGAAUCAAUUAUAUUCUUCAUAUAAUGAUAAAAUGACCAAUCAAGACAAGAUAUUGAAAUUAGCUGAAAAAUAUGAUGGGUUAGAACCUUCAUGUAAAAUGUCGAGAAUUAUGGAUUUGAUUGAAAAGAUUUUUAAAGAAUAUCCUGGAGAAAAAAUCAUUAUUUUCAGUCAAUUUAUUGGAUUUUUCGAUAUUUUAACAUUUAUGUUGAAAAGUAGUAAAAUUCCUUAUUUAAGAUAUGAUGGUUCAAUGACUGUAGAUAAGAAAGAUUUUGCGGUAAAGCAAUUUUACCAAAGUGAUGUUAAAAUCAUGUUAACCAGUUUAAAAGCAGGUAAUGCUGGGUUAACAUUAACUUGUGCAUCACAUGUAAUAUUAUGUGAUCCAUUUUGGAAUCCUUUUGUCGAAGAACAAGCUAUGGGUAGAGCUCAUAGAUUAGGGCAACAACGAGAAGUUCAUGUUUAUAGAAUAUUAAUUGAAGAUACUGUUGAAGAUAGAAUUGUCAAGUUACAACAACAAAAGAAAGAACUUAUUGAAGCCGCAUUAGAUGAAAAGGGUAUUCAAAGUGUUUCCAAAUUAGGAAGAAGAGAAUUAGGGUUUUUAUUUGGUUUAAACGGAUUAGAUUAA